GUUUUAGCAGCACCCCUUCGGAAAGGUAGAAUUCUAUUUAUAGACACCAAUAACUGGAUUUUUUAAAAUCUAUUUUGGAAUAUUUUCGACACCUGUAUUGAGGGCAUGUCAAAUAUGUCCAAUGACAAGGAGAAGAUUAGAAAUCUCCAUAACAAACUCCUAUCAGCAGUGGCCCUGGAUUACUUGGAUAAGUCUUUCAAUGGCGGACAUGAUCACCGGCGAUUUCUACUGAACUGCAGAAAACACCUUACAACACCGAGAGAGCAAUCAAUCACCAACGUUACCGACGUACUGGAUUUGUUUGAGCGGAAAGGUAUCAUGUCGCCAGGAGACUAUCAGAUAUUAAAAGACAUGGUGAAAGAUGUCAAUCAACAAAUUGUACACCUGAUAGAAGAAACAGAACAAAGUAUUAACAGGAUUAAAGAAGGACCUGAAAGUGACAAGGAGAAAGCGAAUGACGAAAGCAGCGAGACAAAGGCGUCAUAUCCGGCCAGGACACAUCCCGACGAAACAAAGGGCGCCACUCAUAUUCACAACACAUUUCACAUUGGUAGCAUAAGUGCCAAUGGAGGCAUGGUCGCCUUUGCAAACGCAGGAAAUGGAAAGAUCGAGCAGAAGAAACAGAAGUGACUACGAUGAUUAAAAUGACUUCUCUCUUCAUGAGACAUGAGAACCGGGUGAUUUUAGGAAGUGACUACGAUGAUUAAAAUGACUUCUCUCUUCAUGAGACAUGAGAACCGGGUGAUUUAGGAAGUGACUACGAUGAUUAACAUGACUUCUCUCUUCAUGAGAACCGGGUAAUUUAAGGAAGUUUUGAAUGUCUCCAUACCAGUUUUUAUCAAGCAACGUACAUCAUUUUGUCACAGAUCGUGAAAAUUACACUUAUCAUGUAAAAUAGAUAAAUGCUUGUUUUUUUUAUUCGAAUAACUUUUAGAUGUGUGAAUGACAUCAGAUUUUUUAUUCGUAUGUCAUAUUUAUAUUCUAGUGUUCUACGUUAUUAAUGUGAAAGCACGGAACAACUAUAACCUUGGAAGAUUUGUUGAUGCAUUGCUCGUAAUAAGCUGAGUAAAGACUAGUUUCACUG